AGUGCAUUGAACACGUGCGAAGUAGGAAGAAGUUGGAUUUAGCUUAGAUUACAUGAACACAGUGUCGAAGAAUCAAACGGUUCUCCUAGGGUUUCAGAUUGCGCCGAAUCAGUCCAUAAUUCAAAACUGAAACCCAAAUCAUAUACAGUCAGAACAAGGACACGACAAAUUGAAGAAAUUUUGGAUAAUCCUAGAAUGUCUUCAAACACAAAAACUAAAACCCUGUCUUCUUCUUCUUCAUCCUCUUCAAUCUCACCGCUCCCUGGUGAUGAUGUUUUCACUAUCCUUAAAGACAUUGACAUUCUUCCUAACUCUAAUCUCCAUUUUCGAUUUCAACUUCCACACCAAGCACAGGAAUUUUUAGAUAAGAGAGAGGUUCGUGAGUUUAUGAGUGGUGCCCUAGCUGGUGCUAUGACCAAAGCUAUUCUUGCUCCUCUUGAAACUAUCAGGACAAGAAUGGUAGUUGGUAUUGGGUCGAAAAACAUCACAGGUAGUUUUGUUCAGGUUGUAGAGCAGCAGGGAUGGCAAGGAUUGUGGGCUGGAAACAUGAUCAAUAUGAUUCGAAUAGUUCCAACGCAGGCCAUUGAGUUUGGCACAUUUGAGUGUACGAAACGGGCGAUGGCAAAACUGCAAGAGAAAUUGAAAAAGAAUGAAUGUCCCAAGUUGCAGAUAGGUUGCCUCAAUUUGAGCUUCAACUUAUCUUGGAUUUCACCAACUGCUGUGGCUGGGGCAGCUGCAGGAGUUGCUAGCACACUUGUAUGCCAUCCCCUGGAAGUUUUGAAGGAUCGGUUAACUAUAAGUCCUGAGAUAUACCCUAAUUUAGGCGUUGCAAUUAGGAAUAUUUAUAAAGACGGUGGUAUUGGCGCUUUUUAUGCUGGUUUAUCACCUACUCUAGUUGGCAUGCUUCCAUACAGUACCUGUUAUUAUUUCAUGUAUGACACAAUAAAGAAAUCUUACUGCCUGACCAAAAAUAAGAAGUCUUUAAAUCGCGUGGAGAUGCUUAUGAUUGGAGCCCUAUCAGGUUUUACUGCCAGUACAAUUAGCUUUCCGUUGGAGGUAGCCAGAAAGCGUCUGAUGGUAGGAGCUUUGCAAGGCAAGUGCCCACCAAACAUGGCAGCGGCGUUGUCAGAAGUCAUUAGAGAACAAGGUCUGAAGGGCCUGUACAGAGGGUGGGGUGCAAGCUGUUUAAAGGUAAUGCCAUCCUCUGGAAUCACCUGGAUGUUUUAUGAAGCAUGGAAAGACAUACUGCUUGUCCACAAGGGUAUUUCAGUAUAGUCUCAAAAAAGGAUAACUCAGUUUUGUACCUCUACAAGUCAUGCUAAUCAAACCCCUUUUUUUAAUCUUUUGGAAAUUAAGAAAUUACUUCAUACCCCCCAUUUUUGUUCCUACUAACCAGUUAUUUACGCCUAGCUUGUCAUUUUGAGUUUUUGGGUUGUUCUCAUCAAAAGAGGAAGGAUGAGUUGGGAUGAUUUUGUGUGCUUCUGUUUCUUUCCAUCAUUACUCCAACAUGUAAUUUAAUUGUAUUGGCUGUCUGUCACCAUUUAAAGUUUGAAUAAGUAUUAUGUAUUAGAAUAACAUACAUGAUCGUCAAUAAGUAUUUAUGUUGAUUCUUAA